ACACGAUGACAUCUCUGAGGCUCGUCUUCUUCCAUCUGACAUGUUUGUUCUUGGGGGUAAAGGCUCAGGCAGCUGCUCUGAAGUCGGUUCAGCCAGACGGAGGUUUAUUAUCGUUAAAAACUGGCGACAACUUGACUCUGACAUGUUUCCAUAAAGCUAAUGUUCCUGCAAGGCUUUAUUGGUAUAAACAACCUCUGGGACAGAAACCACAGCUGAUCUCUUCCGUCUACUGGUCUGUUGAAAAUGGCACUUUUCAUGGUGAAUUUAAGAACAAUCCACGCUUCACACUGGAUACAAGAGAUGGUAAAAAUCACUUAAAGAUCUCAGAUCUGCGUAUUACAGACUCUGCUGCUUACAAUUGCAUGAGUAGUUUUUCAAGCGCAUUAGAAAUUUCAGAGAGUAUUACAGUCAGUGUGACGGGUUCAGCUCGGGUCCUUCAGUCGGCAUCUGGGAUCAUCCAGCCAGGAGGCUCUGUGACUCUGAACUGUACAGUACACACUGGGACCUGUGAUGGAGAACACAGUGUUUACUGGUUCAAACACUCUCAGGAAUCUCAUCCAGGACUCAUUUACACCCAUGGAGGCAGGAAUGACCAGUGUGAGAGGAAAGACAACACACAAACACACACCUGUGUCUACAACUUGCCAAUGAAGAGCCUGAAUCUUUCUCGUGCUGGGACCUACUACUGUGCUGUUGCCUCAUGUGGAUACAUACUGUUUGGAGACGGGACCAAGCUGGACUUGCAAGACAAAGUAGACUCUCCUGUCUUGGUGUAUUUCUUGAGUGGAGCUUUGACAUUCACCACCAUCCUGGUAGUUUUACUGGCUCUCUCAGUGUUCAAGAUGAGGAAGAGAAACAGUUAUCAGUCAACAGAGUCUCAAGCAAGAUUAUCAGAUCCCUCGACAACAAAUGCAGAGGGUCAUGGAGAUGCAGACAACCUCCAUUAUGCUGCUUUAAAUGUCAAGCUGCCCAACAGAUCAAGAAGACAGAGGAACAACACCAGCAAUGAAUGUGUGUACUCCAGUGUGAAGCUCUAGAACUAGACAUGCUUCAGGAAAUACCUCUUUGUGGCUGUGUGGACACACAGGGAUUGCAUGGGAAUGUCUCCGGGCCAGGACAAUUUGACCUGCAGUACUUACGCCUCACUGUCCUGUUAUUAUUAUUUUAAUCGUACCUUUCAGUACAACUUCACUGUACUGAGCGCUAUUAUUCUCCUUGUUGAA